AUGUCAGCGCAUGCGGAGCCUGGCGAUUUGGAGCAACAACCACUGCAAUCGCGAGUGGCAGAAAAUUACGGGGCGACGUUGGCUCAGCCGAAAACAGCAGCACCAAAACGUCCAUCUCGGGCGAUAUGGAAUUUUUUACUGGCUAUUUCAAUAGCUUUUUUGUGUCUUGGAGCCAUUGGAAUAUAUGCAUCAAGAUUCGUACCAUCAACUGAGGCUAUUCAGACAUACUAUGAAGAUGUGACGAAAGUGAAAUUACAUAGCAUCUCCUAUGAGGGGUGGGAUUCUAAGCCUAACAGUGCAGGAUUUAAAUUAGACUCUUUUGCAUCGCCUGAUGGUGAGAAAGAUAGUUACAAAUACCUCAAAGUGCGAGCUAAAAUUGGAGUGCAAUUUGAUCACGAUCAAGCUCUUUCUUCUACAACCAACUCGACCUCGACUUUGCGGGAAAGAUCCAUUAUAAGGUUCUUUAGUCAGUCCGUCGUCAGAACAGUUUGUUUCAACCUUAAUGACAUGAAAGCCUAUAACGAUAACGAAACUGGCACUCAGCUCUUGGGAUCCGUCCACAUUCCACAAUCAGUUUGUGUUGACUUGAGAGCCAAUACAACAACUGAACUAGAUCUUCCAAUUGUGGUUCAUCCCAAUGCACAAAAUAUCGCCUCCGUGAUCAUAAAGAUUUGGAGACGUAAGUUUCACGAGCUCAAUCUUUGGUCAAAUUUAAACAUCACUCUAUCCAAGUGGGGUCUUUCCUUCGGAAAAGUACAGAUACCGAGACUAGAUUGGGACGAUUUUUUGAAUUGGGAUCAGGUUCAAUCUUACGUUGAUCAAAUGCAUGAAUUCUUGAAGGAUCCUAUAAAGGUAAAUGAUUUUCAAAUUAGUGAUGUCAAUGAAGCUGUAAAGUUUCAAAUUGGUAUUUCCUACGAUUGUCCGGAUCUGCUCAGGGACAUUCUGCAGUCUCAGAGAGGUUGUUCAAUCCCUCCCACAUCUUGGACUGUUCGCAUGCCUGGCUGCCAAGAAAAUGAGCCUAUAGCUCUGCAAAACGCUGUAUUUCAAACACCUUUAGUGCCAGUUGAUCUUCUCUUGACACAGUCCAGCGCUGACAUUAAUAUAACAGGCCAGAUUCAUGGUCCACUCCCCGAUGAGCUACUUUAUCAAGUCUGCGACUCAGACGAAGAGAAUGUUGUAACACCAAUCAACCUAUUUUUGAAAAAGGUCUUCGACCCUACUCAGAAUGUUGGUUUCGAAAUUUGUGGCCUUCAUUCAGGGCGUACCAAAAAGAGCAUCAUUCCAGAACGCCUCUUAGACGAGAUCCUGCCGUCAAUUGCACAAGAAAUAAACGCCAAUUUGACAAUAGAUUCCGACCAAUUGGUCGAGCAGGUAACUGUUGAUGAGAUGAAAAUGAAGUGGGUACAAAGAGGCUGGGACGAUAAAAGACUCGAGAUCAUGGGGAAAGUCAACACAUUAGUGAAUCUACCAUUUUACAAUGCGACGCUUUCUAAAGAAGAAGAAACAGUUUCCAUCAAAAAAAUAAAGGGCUUGACUAAACUGUUUCACAAUGAUGUCCACUUCGUGUCAGUUCCCAUGGAUGUUUGGCUCAACGCUGAAUCAGAGAUUUUAAGGUCUGUGGAUCUAGCUAAUAUUCAAUUGCGGGUUUCAUUUGAUAUUGCUGGCCAAGAUGUUGUGGUAGUGGACAGACUUGAACUUACGAGAUGUUUGAAUGAGAUACUAGUACUAGGCCAAGCAAAAGUGUUUGUCGAAGGGCAAUUAGAUUUGAUGAUGGAUACAAAGUUAGGUUCCAUUGUUCUACUCGGAUUGGAAGGUAAUGGCACUACUAUUAUCAGGAAGUGA